GAAAAACAACAUCAGCAUCGCAAUCUGUUCUCAGCACCUGCUUCUGCUAACAAGCAUCUGCAUUUAUAAAAAAAAAAAGAAUAGUAAUACUGGGAAGCGGGAAUGUUAGGAGUAAAAUGUAGGUGUGGUGUGAUAAAAGAAGGGCCCACUAGCUGAAGUUGAUACACAUGUCUCAUCUUCUCUUGGUUUCCAGGGCUCUCCCUGGUCAUCCAGGACUACAUGGAAGAGAUGGAAUGAAAGGAGAGAAGGGAGAGGCAAGUGGAGCACCAGGACCGAUUGGACCCCCGGGCCUCAAGGGUGAGCCUGGUGAGCCCUGCACACCCGGACCCUGCAAUGCGGAGGAUGCCAUCUCUAGCUCGCGCGGGACACGAGGCCCAAAGGGCGAGCGAGGCGUUCCUGGGGUACCCGGAGACCCAGGAGAGAAAGGAGAACCGGGUGUUGGCAUUUCUGGACCCCCUGGUUCGAUGGGACCAAAGGGCGACACAGGAAUCCAGGGACCUCGUGGACCCCCAGGACCAGCUGGAAUAGCAGGAAACAUGGGACCACCAGGCCCACAAGGCAGACCAGGACCCCCUGGACCCCCUGGAGAACCGGCAGCGCUGCCCAUUGUAGGAGACAUGGGCACAUUAUUGAAGAAUGCUUGCAGUGUAUGCCAGAGCAGAUCACCAGGUUUACCAGGGCAGAAAGGAGAGAAAGGAUCACCUGGAAUUCCAGGUUUUCCAGGAAUGGAUGGAGAAAAGGGGGAUCAAGGUCUGCGAGGCCCAGCUGGUAAUCCAGGGAAAGAGGGUCCGAAGGGAGUGAAGGGUGAGAGAGGUUUUCCUGGACCAAUGGGAGACAAGGGUGAUGAGGGUUCCCCUGGUGUUCCAGGACUGCCCGGAGCCACAGGUCGUAUAGGUGCACCGGGACUUUUAGGCAGGCCAGGACCUGUUGGCCCCUCAGGACCAAAGGGAGAACGGGGCAGUGAAGGUCCUCCAGGUCAACCCGGACCCCCCGGACCUCCUGGAGGUCCGUAUACAGAGGGCAAUGGAAUGAGCAGUCUCUAUAAGCUUCAGAAUGGAGGGUCUAGUAUGGGCCAACCGGGACCACCUGGACCUCCGGGGCCAAAAGGAGAUGAAGGAAGGAUGGGUGAGCCUGGGUUGAUGGGAUUACCGGGACUGGAGGGUCUACCGGGUGCUAAGGGUGAUCCUGGCUUACCUGGUCCUCCUGGGGUUCUUGGUCCUCCUGGAAAGCCCGGCCUGCGCGGUGAGACAGGCAUCCCUGGAGACCCGGGAGAGCGAGGACCUGUGGGAGAGACUGGCUUCCCUGGACCAGAGGGUCCACCUGGAGCUCCUGGACGGCCGGGAAAAGAUGGAAUUCCAGGCUAUGAGGGAGCCACAGGCAGACCCGGAGACAGAGGUUCUAAAGGAGAACGGGGAGAUCCAGGGAUUUCAGGAGAGAGAGGAGUCCAAGGAGAAAGAGGGAGAAAUGGAGAAAGAGGACCCAUUGGGCCGCCCGGACCGAAAGGAGAACCCGGCGUCCCUGCAUCUGCAUCCGCAUCUGGGAGCGUGAAUCUGUUGAGCGAUACAGCUGCCUUGGAGGAAAUUAAAGCCUUCAUCCGAAAUGAAGUAUUGCGCGUGUUUGAAGAGAGGUUUUCAGAGAGCUCCUCCCCGCUGCAGAAAACACCGGCAUCUAUAUUAGCAGCUCAGGGUCGACCGGGCCCUCCCGGGCCGCCCGGUAAUGAUGGCUCCCCUGGACCUCCCGGAGAGCCAGGUCCCCCAGGCCAUCAAGGGUAUCGAGGACAGAAAGGGGAACGGGGUCAGAUGGGGUUGGGCAUUCCAGGACCACAGGGACCAGCUGGCCCACCAGGUCUUCCUGGAAUGGGCAUCCAGGGGCCUCCUGGUCCCGCAGGACCCCACGGUCCACAGGGGAAAUGUAAUCCCAGCGACUGCCUUCACCCUUUUCCUCAUGGUAGACAGGAGGGAUAGAUGUCAUAAUGGACCAGCUCAUGUACACAAACCUCAGAGUCAGCAUUCAAUUCUUGUACAAACAAGUACGGCAUCCCGGCUAAGAGAGAAGACACAACCAACUUUUUAUUGAACAUCACCUGUUGUGUGUGUGUGUGUGUGUGAAAGCCUGCAGAAUAUGCUGAACAUUCAUUUAUCUUUAUUUCACGCUUUCAUUUCCCAUAUUUGUGACCAAAUGCAUUCAGCAUUGAUUCAUUUUUUGAUGCUUUGUGGGUAUGAAAGUUGAAAUCAAACUCAAAACAGACAGAUUUAUCUAAAGAGGUCCGACCAGAGCGAGCGCAGGUGGAGUUAUAUUUACAUUUGUUAAUUUUCUUCAGACUGUCGUGAAAUGUAGUUUAAAAUUAAAUUAAAUUGUGACGGCACUUUGCAAUCUAAAAUAGAUAAUGAAUCUGUUAACAAAUAUUAAUUGAAUGUAAAUAACGCAAACAUAACCUUGCAUACUAAUUUAUCUCAUGAAUAUUUAAUUAGACAAUCGUUUAGGAAGUCUUUCUCCAGCCCUGUGGAAAAAGAAAUGAAGGGAAUGAAUUAUUGGGCCCUAUUUAAGUCUGAAUCCACUUUUGCUAGUUUAACGACAGAAAAACGGUCGGCGUGCCAGAUGCAUGGUCCAAAAUAUUCAACAAACCAAUUAGAAAUUGCAUACGUCAUGACUUCAUUCUGAUACACGCAAAGACUAUCAUUUAUGACAUGUAUGCAUUUUUAUCUUUAUGUACACAAUAAUAAUCUUUUAAUUUUUUAAUAUUUGGCAUGUUUGUGUGCCGUCCCUGUUUGUGUAUUAUGCAGUGUAUGCAUUUGUGCACCCACCUAGCACAUAUUACUAACACACUCUUUAAAUAAAAAAAUACUGCGCUAGACCAGAUUUUAGUUGGUAAAUCGUGGCGCAAUCGUUUUUAGUUGCCUCAAAAUAACAAUGCGCCUGAACACACCUUGUUUUCAGACCAGCACGCCA